GCUGGAGACACAAGCACAUGAUACUGUAGGUAAGUUAAUCAGAACAAUAUUAACUGGAUGAAAGCGUCCAUGUCUGGUUGUUUCUGCUCCGACAUUUGUGACUGUGACUUUACAGGAUUUAGAAAUUACAUGGAAUAUUUCAUGUUACGGUAACGAUGGAAUCUAAGUUGUAAAGAUUUUCAUGGAGACGAGUGUGACAGUGAAUCAUCAGCGUCACUGUUACCAGAAGGUUUCAAACCAGUCGCACACCUACAGCCGGAACAUCUUAUCAAAACAUUAGUGUUUGGAACCUUUAGGAGGAAGAUUUAAGGACUUGAUCAUAAAAAGGAACAGUUUUGCCUCUUUGUUACUCUUACUCUCUUAGUUACUUAUUGCUAAACAUCCAGAGCAGCGGCACAUCCACAGCUGGUUGUGCUCAUAAAUCUCUACAAUGAACAAAAACUUGUCAGCCACGAAGAACAAAGCAGCAACAGGGGCCUCGAGCCGAGUGGAGGCAAACCAAGAAAAAAAAGGGUGACGUAAAAAUGGUUUGACUUCCUGCUGAUAAAUUAAACCUCAGUUCCAUGUCUCAUUCAGUGUCAGCCUUCAGCGGCAGCAGGGCAGCCCCCGAGCGGGAGAUUAAAUAAGGAUUCAAGGCCCAGUCAGACCCGUAUCCAUGGAGACAUGAAGCAUCCACACUUUGUGUUCGUGAGCUGCUGCUUCAGCAUCUUCACAGCGACGAGCUGCAGCACAGGUUAUUCAUGUGUGACUGCCUACUGGGACACGGUGACUUGUGUCCUGAACAUCACUGGUGAUCCGGCCAACUCCACCUACAGCCUGCGAUUCAGGGACCUAGAUGAGGCCAGGACCUUCGACUGUCCACUUGUGUGGAGGAAUCGCAGCUUCCACACUGACUGCAGAGUGGUGGACUCGAGGACGGUUAACUUCCUCUCUGUUUACGCCAUAGAGCUGUGUUCUGCACCCGACAGCUGCCAGUUGCUGGAAAAGUGGUUUUCUCCAAUACAACACAUUCGUCUGACGGUCCCGUAUGAUGUAAAAGUCCAACAAACACCAGAAGUCUUCAACUUCACUUGGAAAAGUGGGUAUGAAGAUCAUCCCUAUUUCUCCAAACAAUUUCACUACGAAAUCCUUCUUGAAGCAGCUAAAAGCAAGGAGAGCGAACCAUUCAACCGGACGUUUCAGGAAACAAAUAAAAAGGAGUUUUUAUCGGUUUCAAGGUCUUCGCUUAAAUCACACAACAGAUACUGCAUCAAAGUUCGGUCCUAUUCCAGCUAUAUUGGUGGAAUCUGGAGUGAAUGGAGUAAGUGGACAUGCUGGGAGAACGACGAAGAGCCAGGAAGUGAGAAGACACCAGUGAUUGUGACCAAAGUCCUGGCUCCAGUGUGUGUGCUGUUUGCAGUGCUGCUCUUCCUUUUCUACAGUCCUGCUGCGAGAAUGAAGAUUAAAACUCUGUCUCAUACACCGUCGCCGGCGCCGUUCUUUCAGCCUCUGUUUCAACAAUAUGAAGGCAACCUCCAGGACUGGCUUUCAUCUAAAAGCAAAUGUACAAUCAUCUAUAAAAAUGAGGAGACGCUGAUGACCGAUGCUGUGACUGUUGAGCCUAAACCCAGGAAAAAGGAGCUGGAGGAGAACCUGGGUCUCCAUGAGGCGCCGGUGAUGCUGCCGGUGGCCCAGACUCAGACCUCCUACGUGGGUUUGCCAGGGAGGCACCAGGCCUCCUCUCCGGUCACUGUGCUCUGUCCUGGGGACUCCUCCUACACUCAGCUCCCAUGCUCCAUCUGGGGCUUCAGCCUCGGAGGGGUUCAGGUGGAGCCGCCUCCGGCCAAAGCUUCCUCUGAGAUCAGCUGCUCGGACUCGGGCUGCAGCUUCGACAGCCUGAGCGAGAGCCCCGACUGCAGCCUUCCCACCAGUCCUGCUGUGGAUGCGUCGCCCCCGUUCCACUGUAGCGACUACUGCAUCCUCAACAAAACCGCCGAGGGGGUGGUUCCUGUGUUAGUGACCAUGGGACGCAGCCCACGCGACGCCGCCGACCCCCCCCGGGACGAGGACCACACCUAAAACUGUGACAGGCGUUGAUUGUGACACACAGCUGUGCAUCGAAUACGGCCCAAUCAGACUCGUACUUGAAAACGACUGUGCUUUGAAUAAACGUGUUGUUGAGCCAGUUCAAGUUUGAGGAUGUUUGAGAAAUGCUAAAGGUUUCUCCUGCUUUUUGGCUUCUUGGCCUUUUGACAGUUCACCUGUGGAGAAGCAGCCGUUUAACUGCUUACGCCUCGCUGAGCCUUCGCUCUGAUCUAUGAAUGAACUGUACUUCUGGACUUUGCUCAAAGUUUGUAGAAUGUGAUCACAUGUAACUGUGCAGUAUUUUCACUGGAGAUUUCUGUUUUUAUGCAUUACAGCUCUGGAGUUGAGAGACGCUUUUAUAGAUAUUUCUAGUUUUAUUAUGGGUUGGUGAAAACCUCCCUGGAAUGAAGGAUAGUAAUAAAAACUUAUUAUCUAAACAAAAGGAGUAUGGAUGAAUGUAUGCAGUAAUGUGACAAUUAAACAUCUAACACUUGUAUCUGGUCAUUUUAUGUUGGAGUCAUAAAAUACUGUUUCACUGACAUUCAGGAUUUCCUUCACCGCUAAUGAAUGACGCCAGUAGUUGGCGGUAGAAAGAGUAUGGACACAAACAGUAGAAGAAGAGGCAACAGCUGGAAAGUUUGGCAGGAGGACGCGGGAUGAGCGAUCGCGAGAAAGUCUCUGAUCUCCGUCAUGUCCGCAGCAACCAGACGAAGCUCCCGCACGGACGCGUCGACGUGAGCGAGGCCUGGUGAAUUAAAGGUGGAGGGAGCGUGGGUGACGCGUCUCCGGCUCCGUCUCACGCCUCUGUUCGUCUGUGGGCGCAGCGACGCACUCGAGCGGAAAAAGCUUUUCCGCUGCUUUCCCCACCGACAAACCCGGAGUCAGGCGGUUCUGUGGGGGGUCAGCCCUAAGGAGGGUGGCCCAGGACCCGGACCAGGACCCGGACCCGGACCCGGACCAGGACCCGGACCCGGACCAGGACCCGGACCAGGACCCGGACCCGGACCCGGACCAGGACCAGGACCCGGACCAGGACCCGGACCCGGACGGCACACCUGGACCCGGACCCGGACCCGGACCCGGACCCGGACCAGGACCAGGACCUGGACCCGGACCCGGACGGCACACCUGGACCCGGACCAGGACCCGGACCAGGACCAGGACCUGGACCCGGACCCGGACGGCACACCUGGACCCGGACCAGGACCCGGACCAGGACCCGGACCCGGACGGCACACCUGGACCCGGACCAGGACGGCACACCUGCACAUAACGGAGACAUGGUGACGAACGGCGGUGUGAAAUAAAGAGAAAGAUAAAUGACAGGUGACACCGCCCUCCCACACAACUACACGCUUCACUCAGCUGUGGUUUGUGGAGUGUUUGUAUUCAGAAUUCAGAGCUCGUGCUUAGCCUGCGGUAGAAGGUGACUUCCUCGCAGUCAUUUCGGGAGUCCUUCGACGGGAGUCACUUUUCCCCAGACUCCCGUCUGCGUGGGGAAACACUUUCCAUGUGGAGUUCACAUUUUCACCCUUUGCCCACGAGGGUUUUCUCUUUAGGUUCCUCGUCCAAGGACGUGGUGACUAGAACCUGCAGGCGAUUGAUGUCUGUUUGAGACGCAGGGGUCCAUCACAGGAACUCCUGCCAUCAGGUACUGCACCAUGCUGGGUUCUCUUCUUUUUCACACGGUGCCAGCACGUUUUGAACCUGAAACUCAGGGUUUAACACUUUUGAGUUUUUCUAAGAACUUUAUCAGUUUGUUUUUUUUUCUUCAAAGAACUGUGAACAUGUGGUUUUUACUGGUGUCCACCGUUUAAGUUUUGAUUUGACUUGACACAAUACCUGUAUUAUUGUACUGUUUACCAUUAAUGUGUUUCCAGAUGUGAAGCAUGUGCUGCAUUUUACUGAUGGGUGACUUGUGAUUAUUCAGCAUGUGAGCUAUUAAUUUCCUUAGAGUUCAAGAAUCAUGUCAUCGUUUCCUGUGUGAAAUCAGGAGGAAGUGUGAUGUCACCAUCUUAGAAGUACCUGGUUAUGAGGCAAUGAUUUCUAUAUCCAGACGUAAUGUAUGGUAAGUAAACAAACUCCUGCAGCUCAUGCUUGAUGUUGAACCAUGUUUCCCAUGUAGCUGUCAAUUACUUCUAAAAUGGUUUCUACCCAAAAACAUGAUGAGGAGACACUGUGUGUGGGGGGGAACUGUCAGCUAAAGCUUGAUUUGCAUCAGGUUCAUUUUUCUCUCUGCUCUCUCCUCCUCCACCACUUCAGGCUGAUGAUGGCUGAGCAUCCUGAGUCUGGUUCAGUUGGAGGCUUGUUAUGUUAAAGAGUGUUUCAUUUCCACUGUGGACUUGUGCUCAAGACCAAUUACCUAUAACUAUGUUUACUGUUCUGUUCAGUAAGAUCCUAACCUAAUUUGGUGCUAUAUAGAUAGAAUCAAAACUAAAUUACAAGUAGUAAUGCUUCACACAUGCAAGCAGAUAUCUAAAAUAUUAAUUAUGUGAAUUUUAAUAAUAUAAAAGAUACACAGGCAAAAACUUCAAAUCCCCUGAUGAGGUCCAUGAUAGCUGAAGAAAAGAUAGGCAAGCUGCACAAAUAGCAGUGAUUGCUCAGUAUAAUAACAUGUGAAUCAUUAUUUCACACGCCCUGUUAGUAUUGCAAUAAUUCUCUACGUUUUUUAAUAUUGCGUACACUAAUUAUAUAGAUUUAUAUAGAUAUAUAAUAGAUUAUUAAAAAUUAUCGUAGUUACUGAGGAGGAUAUGAAUAAAUUAGGUUUUUUGUAAAUCAA